AUGGACAUCCUUAUUUCAGUCACUGCAAAAAUUGCUGAAUACACUGUUGAGCCUGUUUUACGCCAACUUCGUUAUGUAUUUUUCAUUCGUUCCAACUUUUGCGAACUUAAGACUCAAAUAGAAAAGCUGAAGAUUACAAAAGAAUCUGUGGAACACAACAUCCAUUCUGCAAGAAGAAAUGCUGAAGACAUAAAACCUGCCGUUGAGGAAUGGUCGAAAAAGGUUGAUGACAUUGUUGGAAAAUCUGAGGAGAUAUUAGCCUAUGAAGGUGGACAUGGUAGACUUUGUUCCACCAAUUUGGUCCAACGACACAAGUUAAGUAGAAAAGCAAGCAAAAUGGCCUAUGAGGUUCGUGCGAUGAACACCGAGGGGAAAAGUUUUGAUACAGUAUCCUACAAAAUUGUUAUCCCAUCGGUUGGUUGUUCACCGACAAAAGUACCUGACUUUCUUGAUUUUGACUCAAGAAAGUCAAUUGUGAAACAAAUCAUGGAUGCACUCUCUGAAGAUAAUGUCCAUAGGAUCGGAGUGCACGGGAUGGGGGGUGUUGGAAAAACAAUGCUAGUGAAUGAAAUUUUAAGAAAAAUUGGGGAGAGUAAGAAGCUUUUUGACGAGGUGGUAACAUCUACGAUCAGCCAAACACCAGAUUUUAAAAGAAUUCAAGGAGAACUAGCUGACAAGCUAGGUUUGAAAUUCGAACAAGAAACAAUAAAAGGAAGGGCUUCUAUUCUAGAAAAGAGGUUGAAGAUGGAGAGAAGUAUCCUAGUCGUGUUGGAUGAUGUCUGGGAGAAUAUUGAUUUGAAAGAUAUAGGAAUUCCAAGUGUUGAAGAUCAUACGGGAUGCAAGAUCUUGUUUACCACUAGGAAUAAAGAUUUGAUCUCAAAUCAAAUGUGCGCCAAUAAAAUUUUUGAGAUAAAAGUUUUAGGAGAAGAUGAGUCAUGGAAUUUAUUUAAGACAAUAGCAGGUGAAAUUGUGGAAGCAAGAGAUUUGAAGCCUAUAGCCAUUCAAAUUGUGAGAGAAUGUGCAGGUUUGCCUAUUGCUAUUACUACUGUUGCUAAGGCAUUACGAAAUCAAUCAUCCGACAUUUGGAAUGAUGCCUUAAAUCAGCUUAAAAGUGUUGAUGUGGGUAUUGCAAACAUUGGAGAAAUGGAAAGGAGAGUGUAUUUGCCACUAAAACUGAGUUAUGAUUACUUGGGAUAUGAAGAGGUGAAGUUAUUAUUCUUGUUAUGCAGCAUGUUUCCAGAAGACUUUACCAUUGACGAGGAAGAGUUGCAUGUAUAUGCCAUAGGCAUGGGAUUCUUACAUGGUGUUAAUACUGUGGAAAAAGUACGAUGUAGGAUUAAAAAAUUGGUUGAGGAUCUUAUAUCUUCUUCUUUGCUUCAACAAUAUUCUGAGUAUGGACGCAAUUAUGUGAAAAUGCAUGAUAUGAUUCGUGAUGUAGCCCUAUCAAUUGCAUCUAAGAAUGAACACGUACGUACAUUGAGCUACGUGAAAAGAUCGAAUGAAGAAUGGGAAGAAGAGAAACUAUCGGAUGGGAAGGAGAAGAAUGGUAUGAAGGAAGGAAAAAUGCCAGCCUUUCUGAACUCAAGUGCUUGCGACAUCUUUAUGCUUUAA